AUGGUGACGAUAAACGCGGACCUGCGACGGGAGCGCGAGAAGUGCGGCUUCGAUCCCAAGGAGCUCACGCACUUCUGGGACGGCAAUCCGGUGAAGACGGAGCAGCGGCACGAGCUAGAAAAUUUUUUCCUAAGCGAUCCGCUGCUGCAAGAUAAAAUUCCUGCGAAAUAUAAAAGUCACAAAGAAAUCUACGAGGAAGCAAUAAGGAAAGGCUGCCGAGUGAUAGAGAAGGUGCAGCAGUUACACGAGUCGGGAAAAGGCGGCAUGGAUGUGUUUUCACAAAUUUUAGGGGGCAUGUUAGGUUCAGCGAUACUAAACGACGGUAAUCCGCUGACGUUGCACUACGUGAUGUUUAUACCGGCAAUUAUGGGGCAGGGCACCGUCGAGCAACAGGGCAAUUGGAUAUCCAGAGCUUGGAGUUGCAAUCUUAUUGGUACUUACGCCCAGACGGAACUUGGUCAUGGCACAUUCAUCAGAGGUCUGGAGACUACAGCGACCUACGACCCCAAGACUAAAGAGUUCAUAUUAAACAGCCCGACGUUAACGUCAUACAAGUGGUGGCCCGGUGGCUUGGGUCAAACAGCGAAUUACGCGAUUGUCGUCGCGCAGUUGUACACGAAAGGAGAGUGCAGAGGCAUCCAUCCCUUCAUCGUGCAACUCAGGGAUGAGGAUACUCACGAGCCUUUACCAGGUAUAAAAAUCGGUGAGAUUGGCACGAAACUAGGAAUGAACGCGACUAAUAACGGCUUUCUCGGCUUCGACAACGUCAGAAUACCACGCGAGAACAUGCUGAUGAAAAACUCUCAGGUAUUGGAAGACGGAACUUACGUGAAAGCGCCCAGCGAUAAACUCACUUACGGUACAAUGAUGUUUGUCCGAGUGGUGUUAGUACGUGAUAUUUCUAACUACUUGUCGAAAGCGGUGACAAUAGCUAUCAGAUACAGCGCGGUGAGACGGCAAAGUCAGAUUAAAGCAGACGAGGCGGAGUCGCAGAUCAUCGAUUACGUUACUCAACAAUAUAAAUUGUUCCCGAAUCUUGCUGCGUGUUUCGCAUUCCGGAUGGCCGCUGACUGGAUUUGGGAGAUGUACAACAAUGUGACGGCUGAAUUAGAUCAAGGAGAACUGGAAAGACUUCCCGAGUUGCACGCGCUGGCGUGCUGCUUAAAGGCGGUCGCCUCGUCGGACGGAGCUACCGGGAUUGAACAAUUGCGAUUGUCGUGCGGCGGGCACGGCUACAUGGACGCCAGUAACUUACCCGGGACUUACGGUUUAGUGACCGCCACUUGCACUUACGAAGGCGAGAACACGGUUCUACUGCUGCAGACGGCUAGAUAUCUGAUAAAAGCGUGGCGGCAAGCGAUUAGCGGCCAACCGUUGCCGCCAACCGUAGCAUACUUAGGUGUCCAUGCGCGCGGCGUGAAGCAGCAUCCUUGGAAGAAUACUUUAACAUGUAUCGUGCAGGCUCAUGAAGCGGUUGCGGCAAGCAAGAUACGCCUGGCAGCGGAAAACAUGGAUCGCAGAAUACGUAAUGGUGCAUCGCCGGAGGAUGCGUGGAACCAGACCAGUAUCGAAUUAGCGCACUGCGCAGAGUCGCAUUGCCGAGUUUUUCUAGUGACGAGAUUCGUCGAGGCUAUCAGGGGCCUGACAUCCGUGUCGAAGCAGCUUCGCGAGGUUUUGCAGCAGCUGUGCGAACUGUACUCUAUAUAUUGGGUCCUGCAACGGGUCGGCGACUUCCUGCGGUUUUCCUGCCUAAGUAACGAAGACAUUCCAGCGCUCCAGGCGCGCUUCGAGGAGAUGCUCGCCGCGAUCCGUCCAAAUGCCAUCGGUGUCGUCGAUGGGUUCGAUAUACGCGAUGAGAUCCUCGCGUCCGCGCUAGGCGCCUACGACGGCAAUGUGUAUCAGCGCCUUUUCGACGAAGCGAUGAAAAGCCCGCUGAAUCAGGAGAGCGUGAACCAAUCCUUCCACAAAUAUCUCAAGCCUUUCCUUAAAAGUAACUUAUAGUCUAAUAUUGCGUUCAUGUACGUUUAUAUGAGUUUAUAAUCACGGAAUAGUCAGCCAAACAUUCUGUUUAAAUAGAUAAGGCUAUUUUUAAAAAUUCGAUAAGUUUGAUGUGAAAGAGUAUCUAUGAUUAUCCAUAAACGCGAGCGAAGCGAAUGCGUAUAAUUUCCAUUGCGGGACAUGUUACACAAUCGGUGAUACCCGGAUUAGGACCGCAGUCACUACAAUACAUAUCUACAGUGAUUGGGUAAUGUCAAGAAUUGCACAAACAGAAACCGGUAUCAUCGUUCUAACGGCAUAACAAAUAACUAUGGCACAAUAUGUUACUAUAUAUAUUAAUAAUACGUCACGAGGGCUUUCAUCUCUUGAAAAACAACCGUUGCGUAUAUAUAAAAAGUUUUAUAUAUAUAUAUAUAUAUAUACAUAUAAAUAUAUAUAUGAUGAAUAUGUACGUAUGUAUAAUUUGAUAAAAGUUUUAAAACUGACAGAAUCAUAUUUAUCUAUUAUACACUGACCGACAUUCGUAUUAGCAUAAUUCGUUUUAAUGUUGCAUAUAUAAAAUAUGUUCGUAAGCUAAUAUUAUAAAGAACUUGAUAUUUUUGAUAGUGAUAUUUUAUGAAACGAUAAAAUCGCGCAUUGCAGAUGGAAGAGGUGUUUGUGCGCAGUAUUGUCUUACAUACGAUAAAAUUACCGUAUGCGCUGCAAUAGUAAGAUUACAAUUUUUAUAUAAUUAAGUGUUCGAGCAUGUAUUUACCUUUGAUGGUGCUCAAAUUAUAGUGAUUCAACAUACCUCAAAGGAGUCAUUAUCGUAUCCUGUAUUUUAAUAUACAAAUAAAGUUAAAUAAUCUUCCUUCGU